UUCAAUUGAGAAGGCCGUGUUAAGGCGAUCUAUGAGUGCUCAGCAGCAUUCAAAAAGCUUGAUAUUUGGCAAUGGUAACAGGCAUUGGACCGUCGUUGAAGGUUGCGUGCUUUUGCUAUCCCACUCCGCCACGACAUGCCGAUGUACUUGCUCAAACGGUUGUGCGCCAUCGAUAAGGUUUCGAAAUUCCGGCUGCCACCCUGCACUAUCUUGUGUAUAUCUAAACGGGUGGCCUUUGCUUUGCCCCCCUCCUCGAGACUGAACACUAUACCAAAGAAACUUCGUUCUUUGCGCCAGUCCUUGUGACUGUGCUUGUUUUCCAGAUGUCGAAAGAACAGCUUCCAGAUGAGGCCUCUACUAUCGAAGGGGCCUCUCCUAAGGAGUCUACAGAUACAUUCUUCUCAAAGUCUGGAACGCCCUCGGAAAAGUUACUCAUUCAGAGCCCACACAGCCCCUCAAGUUUACAAGCAAAACCAUGGCCGGCUCGACCACAGCGGCUUUACAAAGGCAUCCGAGGUUGGAGGUGGUGGGACUUAGCGCUUGACGGGGUGCAGGUCAUGCUGCCUAUCCCGUUUUUCGUUCUCGCAGCCGCAGUGGUAGCAGUUAACGGAAGGGUGGUCGACGAAGGACAGUUCUCUAUCUUAGACCAUUCUAUCAAAGGGGCUACCACUCUGUUCCCAAUUUGCUUUGCAGCCAUCACUGGCAGAGCAGCGAUUAAGUACGCGACAUGGAAGCUCGAGCAAGGAACCACGAUUGGUGUCCUGGAGCAAUUGAUGGGAAGCAGGACCGUCGCAAGCGCAUUUACAACCCAAGUACAACUUCGGUCUUUCAACAUAGUUGGAUUUCUCAUCAUCUUUAUCUGGUCACUCUCACCGAUCGGCGCCCAAAGCAUUUUGCAUAUAUUAUACACGCCUGUGCAGGCUACCUCAUCCGUCUCCAGUGUGGCUUACGUCAAUUCACGUCAGCAGAGUUAUUCUAACCCCCAUUCGAGUUCAAGCUUUCCUCAGCAAUGGUUCAAUUCUCUAGCGAUUGAGAUGGGCUCGAUGAUGAUUGCCCCGUCCGAAGUUAAAGCAAGCACAAUGGACAUCAAUGGAAACGUCAAAAUUCCCUAUCAGUCCGGCGUUCUUGCCUCUGGCAUUGCCCCAGAUAGUGAAGGUUGGGUGCAAAUAUCUUCGUUGAAUGCAACAGCCAAUGGUAAUCUUAUAUGGUCCUCCCUGUUCGGAAUUCCGGUCGUUGGAAUUAAUUACGGAAACACUACUUUCAAUAUCGAGUCAACUUAUAUGGAAUUAACCUGCACCAACAAGACCUUCGAGAGUUUGGAAGGACCUGAUGGACCCAGUGGGCCACGUAUCAACUCAACCUUCGUCUCGACAAGAGGCCCUUAUUUCAGUGCCGAGGAUCCGGAUCUUACCGACCCUUGGAUUAUAGGCUAUAGAGGGGUGGACAUUACAGCCUACAACGGCACCAGUGAAGGCGCCUAUGUGGCUCCACAGUUUUGCCCAGAUUGUUUAAGUCCAGACUUUAUGAGCCAGACAAUCCAGGCGGGUACAAUUGCCUUCCAGGAAUUUGAUGGAAUAGACCCCGGCGACGCGACGACCGUUUUCUGCAACCCAUAUCAGAAGUACGUUGAGUCCAAGGUCUUCUGUAUGAAGACAGAAAAUACUCGGCAAUGUCAGGUGACUGCUCAGCGCUCCUCCAUCCUCCCCCAUAUGCCACCGGAAAUCACGUACCUCAACUUUCCCUUGGUGGCUUUAGGCAUGUCUUCCCUUCUCAAAAACAUCACUCCUAUCCACGAUGCAACCAACGAGCUCCAGAAUUACCUUGUCUAUGAUCCAAUGGACCCAAUCAAUGUGAUUGACCACGAUAACUCGCUUCUUCUCGGGGCAGGAGAUUUGCCGAACUUUCUUUCUGAAGUUGAGUUGAGCGACAUCGGGACUCGGCUUGGCCAGAUACUAACUGCGUUUGUGUACGGGAGUACGUGGAAUGCGUCUGUCUUCCUCAUCGGUGAAUCAUUUGAAGGCAUGCAAGGAAACCUGUUUGGCGGCAAAAAUGCCAGUUUUGUUCCAGCCAGUAGAGCUGAACUUGCCGCCAUGAUUCAGAACCAAACAGCCGCAUUUACGGUCCCUGCUGUUUUGACGACUCAUGCUCAGGUUUAUUAUUGUUAUUUCCCCUGGCUUGGAGUGUUCCUUUUCUCAACGGUUGUGAUGCUGGCUGGUGCCAUUACGGGAGUCAUCUUCUCGAGGAAGACUAUCGUUCCGGAUUACCUGGGAUUCGUUUCCAGUUUGGCCAAAGAGAGUCCUUGGAUACGGAUGCCGGAUGUUGGUGUCAACAUGGAUGGCAUGGAUAAGGCGCGACUAGUGAAGGAAGUGAAGGUUCGACUUGGGGAUGUCAGUUAUGCCCAGGGAGGGCACCCUGAUAUUGGUAGAUUAGCUUUUGCGCGGCUAGAAGAGACAACGAAAGUGAAGAAAGAUAAGUUGUAUGUUUAACAAAGAUAGAUUAGAUGAUAGACAUUAUAUUCUUCCAGGCUCCUACUACGAGUAAUUCAC